UCAAAACCCUCCCAACAACCAUGGCUUCGCUUCCGGUGAAGCCUCUACCUUCCGGCCACUUACAGCUUCAUCGCCGGAAUCUUAUUAUUCCGCCUUCAAUGGUAACCGUUGGUUUCAAAAGGCAUCAUUUCUUAGGAGUCUCUUCUAAUGAUGAAUCUGUGAGGCAUAUGAGAAGCCUUAAGUCGUCGAGCAAUCGUCGGCCAGUAAGCAAAAGCGCCGGCGUGUCUAUGCCGGUGGCUUCCUCUGAUGAUUUUCCGGCGGUUUCUUGGGAAUCUUGGAAGCCCGAAAAGACCACGGUGGUUCCGUCGCUGAGUGACGUCAUCUGGCCUGCAGCAGGAGCCUUUGCGGCGAUGGCGAUACUGGGAAGAAUAGAUCAAAUACUAAACCCUAAAGGGAUCUCAAUGUCGGUUGCACCACUUGGUGCCGUCUCUGCCAUUCUCUUCACCACUCCUUCUUCUCCUGCUGCUCGGAAAUACAAUAUGUUCACGGCUCAAAUAGGUUGUGCAGCCAUUGGAGUGUUGGCAUUCUCCGUCUUUGGGCCAGGCUGGCUUGCCCGGAGUACGGCUCUCGCCGCUUCCAUCGCCUUCAUGGUCAUCACUCGUGCCAACCAUCCGCCUGGUAAUUCAAUUCUACUCUCCUUUUUUUGUAUGGAAAUUUAAAAAUUUCAUUACUAAAAUAUUGAGCAUAUU